UCACUUGCCUCUCCAGACAAGGGCUUGGAGGGUGGGAUGUGCAAUCUAGGGGCAGGAGAGGCCAUGGCGUCUCCUCCAUCGGGUGUGUGGGCAAUGGUGGCCCCAGGGUAAUAACCUCAGUUAUUACCCUGAGGUCUGCUCCCUCUUCAGGAAAGACCAGGCAGGGGAGAAGGGAGCAGUGCUCGGUCCCAGCAUCCCUCCACUGCUCCGUUGGUUCUAAACGGGGCCUGCGUUCUCCAAGAUUCCUUGAAGAGUCAGCUCCAUCCUCUUCCUGAUUAUCUGAGCUUUGGGCCUCGGCAGAAGGAAAAGAGCAGGGCGGAAGCGAGCUCUGGAAAGUGGAAAGAGGGGGGUGUGUGAGGAGACCCAAGGCGGGAUCCAGGCUUUGGAACGUUGGAGGUUUCCGGCCACAGAGGCAGGGCCUCGAGGGAGCCAAGAGGGGCGGGGAGAGACACACUCAGAGGAGCAGAAGAGACCAACGGACAGACAGAGACGAGGAGAGGAACAGGAAGAGAGAAGCUGGGAGAGUCGGGAACCUGGGGGCUAGUGAUCUGCACACAGGGCAGAGCCACUCAGCAGUUCUCAGAGACCCCCACCCCCACCCCAGACAUCCAGACAUCUGGAACCUUGGGUGCCAAGAGUACAGCCUAAUGCCGGCAGCCUGGCUUUUGGGGGCUUUGGUGAUCCCCCAGCUCUUGAGCUUUGGCCAUGGGGCUCGGGGAGCCGAGAGGGAGUGGGAGGGAGUCUGGGGAGGUGCUCAGGAGGAGGAGCGGGAGAGGGAGGCCCUGAUGCUGAAGCAUCUGCAGGAGGCCCUGGGACUGCCUGCUGGGAGGGGGGAUGAGAAUCCUCCCGGAACUGUUGAGGACAAAGAGGACUGGGAGAUGGAGGAGGACCAGGGAGAUGAAGAGGAGGGAGCAACGCCAACCCCAUCCUCCAGCCCCAGCCCCUCUCCCACCCCUGAGGACACCGUCACUUACAUCCUGGGCCGCCUGGCCGGCCUUGACGCAGGCCUGCACCAGCUGCACGUCCGUCUGCACGCGUUGGACACCCGCGUGGUCGAGCUGACCCAGGGGCUGCGGCAGCUGCGGAACGCGGCGGGCGACACCCGCGAUGCCCUGCAAGCCCUGCAGGAGGCGCAGGGUCGCGCCGAGCGCGAGCACGGCCGCUUGGAGGGUGAGUCCGCGGCGCGCGGGAUGGAAAAAAAUGAGACUAUCUGGGCCAGGCUGCCUGAAGGGGCUGCGCCUGGGCCACAAGUGCUUCCUACUCUCGCGCGACUUCGAAGCGCAGGCGGCGGCGCAGGCGCGGUGCACGGCGCGGGGCGGGAGCCUGGCGCAACCUGCGGACCGCCAGCAGAUGGAGGCGCUCACCCGCUACCUGCGCGCGGCGCUCGCUCCCUACAACUGGCCCGUAUGGCUGGGCGUGCACGAUCGGCGCGCCGAGGGCCUCUACCUCUUCGAAAACGGGCAGCGCGUGUCCUUCUUCGCAUGGCACCGCGCACCCCGCCCCGAGCCCGGCGCGCGGCCCAGCGCCACGCCGCACCCACUCAGCCCGGACCAGCCCAACGGCGGCACGCUGGAGAACUGCGUGGCGCAGGCCUCUGACGAUGGCUCCUGGUGGGACCACGACUGCCAGCGGCGCCUCUACUACGUCUGCGAGUUCCCCUUCUAGCGGGGCUGGUUACCCGCCUCUCCGCCCAUCCCACCACUCGGCCUUCUCCUGUGCCGUGCCCACCCUCCUCUGAGAUCGCCCUUCACUCCCUAUCCACGGAUGGCAGUGUCUCCCCGGUCCCCGGCCUCCGGGCUGGGCCCUCCUGGGAGGGCUCUUGCGGUGCUGGGACUCCUCCGGGUUCAGCCCCGUUGAAUGGGCUGGCAGCAUGCUAGGUCCGGUGCCAAUAAAUCCUUGUGGAAUCUGA